GUAAGUGAGUGAGAGUGAGAGCGAUAGAGAGUGAGUGAGUGAGUGAGAGAGAGAGAGAGAGAGAGAGAUUGGAAUAUUUUAUAUUUACAUAUAAAAGCAUGAACACUGUAGCGUCAGCGUAGAGUAAGACGUGGGAAGCAUUGGGCACGUGGGCAGUUGUGCUUAUUAGAACAGGCAGUGAGGAGAUAUCACUGCCCAGCGCUGUUCAGGUCACCAAUAACCACACAACUCUGCUUCACGGAAAACACAACCCCACUCUACUGACCCCACUGCCCAAUAUUAACCAGCACAAACAACACAUCUGAAACUGAGAAACAACUUUAACACAUUAUCUCCCCAAGCUCGGCACUGCCCGAGAGCCCCUUUGCAUGGUCUCUUUGCAUGGCCACGCCUCCAGGAAUCCUGUGACAGCAUGGCCAGUGGUGGGACGCCACAAUAUCUACACCCUAGUAGACAUAACUGACCGUGGCUGGACUUCUGAUUAGUGUUAAUAUAGCUGCCUAUAUCACCAUAUUGUACCAACUAUUACAUCUAUUGCAUGGUCAUUAUAUUACUGUACACCCCCCCCCAUACACACACACACACACAUGCGCAAGGAAGAUCAUAUUCAGUCCCUUCAACGUUCAACCCACCCUUGGAGUCAUGAGUCAGUCAAGGGUGAGUCCGAGUCGAGUUGUGAGUCAGUCAGUAGAUCUGAAGAUACACAUUGAUUUACUCGUACAAGUUGGGCCCAUUUAAUCCAUGAGACUACAUUGACGGCUCUGGUCCACAGGGGCCGCUUUCCAGGCUCCCAGGAAGGAAUUCUGUCUUUAUUAAUCUCUUUCCUUCUUCUCUCUUUCUCCUUCCCUCUCUGUCCAUCGUCUCUCUCUAUGGCUGUGUUCCAAACAGCCUGUCACACCACUUGCAUACUGUUAUUGGCCCAAACGUAGCAAGUAGUUGGCCUACAAAGUGCUCAGUGUGCUAUUUUGAACACAGCCAUUGAGUCAUUAACAAACACAGGCAGGAAGUCCCUCCUACUCAGUUCAGAGAAAACGAAACUUAUCCCAGAGUGCUGCUCUCUCUCUCUCUCUCUCUCUCUCUCUCUCUCUCUCUCUCUCUCAGUCUGUGAGAUCAGGAAAAUGGCAGAGGCCAGUAUUUCAGUAGAUCAGGACCAGUUCAGCUGUCCAGUCUGUCUGGAUCUGCUGAAUGAUCCAGUGACCAUUCCCUGUGGACACAGUUUCUGUGUGGUGUGUAUUAAUGGCUGCUGGGAUCAUGAGGAUCAGAGGGGGGUCUACAGCUGCCCCCAGUGCAGAGAGACCUUCACUCCGAGGCCUGUUCUACGCAGGAACUACUUUAUAGCUGAAAUGGUGGAGAAACUGAAGAAGACAGAACUCCAAGCUGCUUCUCCUGCUCACUGUUACGCUGGACCUGGAGAUGUGGAGUGUGAUUUCUGCACUGGGAGGAAACUCAAAGCCAUCAAGUCCUGUUUGGUGUGUGUAGCGUCUCUCUGUGAAACUCAUCUUAAACCUCACCUGGAAAUUCCAGCCUUGAUCAAACACCAGCUGGUCCAAGUCUCCACACCACUACAGGAGAAGAUCUGCUCGCAACAUGAUGAAGUGGUCAAGAUCUACUGCCGUACUGACCAAAGCUGCAUCUGUUAUUUGUGUACGAUGCAUGAACACAAAGGCCACGAUACAGUAGCAGCUGCAGCCGAGAGAACCGAGAAACAGCGUCAGCUGAAGGAGGCUCAGAGGAAAUCCCAGCAGAGACUCCAGCAGAAAGAGAAGGAGCUCCAGGAGCUGAAACAGGCUGUGGUCACUCUUAAGCGCUCUGCACAGACAGCAGUGGAGGACAGUGAGAGGAUCUUCACUGAGCUGAUCCGCUCCAUUGAGAAGAAGCGCUCUGAGGUAACAAAGCUGAUCAGAAUUCAGGAGAAGAACCAGCUGAGACAAACUGAAGAACUCCUGAAGAACCUGCAGCAGGAGAUUGAUGAUCUAAAGAGGAGGAACACUGAGCUGGAGCAGCUUUCAGUCACAGAGGAUCACAUCCAGUUCCUCCAGAGCUUCCAGGCUCUGAGUGUCUCUGCUGGAUGUGAGGACUCCUCCAGCAUCACUGUCCAUCAACAUCCCUCAUUUGAUGGAGUGAGGAAAUCUCUCUCUGAUCUGAAAGACAGACUAGAGGAAUUCUGCAGGGAGGAGUUCAGGAAAAUCUCUCCACAGGCUGCAGCAGUUCAGAUGACUUUAUCCUCAGAGACAAAAAACAGAGGUUUUCGACAGUCUGCAGCAGUUCAGAAGAUUUUAUCCUCAGAGCCGAGAACCAGAGAAGACUUUCUACAGUCUGCAGCAGUUCAGACGAUCUCAUCCUCAGAGCCGAGAACCAGAGAAGAUUUUCUACAGUAUUUCUGUCGACUGACUCUGGAUCCAAACACAGUAAAUCAUGAACUCAGUCUGUCUGAGCAGAACAGAGUGGUGAAGUGGAGAGGAGGAGACCAGCGUUACUCUGACCAUCCAGAGAGAUUUGACUACUGGACUCAAGUGUUGUCUAAGGAGAGUGUGAGUGGACGCUGUUACUGGGAAGUUGAGUGGAGCUACAGGGAGUGGGUGGGCAUAUCAGUGUCAUAUAAAGGGAUCAGCAGGAAAGGAGAUGGUGAUGAGAGCAGGUUUGGAUUCAACAAUCAGUCCUGGAGUCUGAGCUGUUCUAAGAAUCUCACUUUCUGGCACAACAACAUUAAGACUGAGCUCUCAGCUCCAUCUUCCUCCAGAAUAGGAGUGUAUGUGGAUCACAGGGCAGGAACUCUGUCCUUCUACAGCGUCUCUGACACACUGACCCUCCUACACACAGUCCACACCACAUUCACUCAGCCGCUGUACGCUGGGCUUAGGGUUGUAGGAACUGUGAGGUUACUUGACCCAAACUGAUGAAUCUAUUGUAUAUUGUGCCUUUAAUUAAUGCUGAGCGAUAUAUAGAUGUCUUGGCAACAUAUGCUGCCAUCCAGACGACGUCUUUUUCAGGAAAGGCCUUGAUUAUUUCAGCAAGACAAUGUAAAACCACAUUCUGCAUGUAUUACAACAGCUUUGCUUCAUAUUAAAAGAGUCCA